UUGUCUUUCACGCCAACAAAGGAAACUUGGAAUGCAGUUUAAAGUCGUGCGCCAAGACAUUCGGAGUUAAUUCGCAGUCAGUUCGCUAACAGCUGAAAGUGACCAAUAAAUAAGUAAAAAAGUAAAUAAGCAAUUCUUGUGGCAUACACAAAGGAAAAUCUUUAAAAAGUAUCUGCAAAUAAAUGACAGGUCACAAAUAACAUAUUGUUGACAGCAUUGUUGCUGUUGUGUCACAAAACGGAAAGCGGAAAUUAUUAGCGUAGCUGGCAAACUACUGUCAAUGUGUCUGCAGGCUUUCCAGUCGAAGUUAUAAUUAAAGCAAGCGCUUGAAAAUAACUGCAAUACAAAAUUUUGUUGUGAAAAAAAGUGGACGCCCUUAAAGAAUUUGAAAUUUGUUGCAAGUUUAUUGUGGUGGUAAGUGGUGGUGUGGGUCAGCUCAGCUCAUCGCAAAUGUGUUUUGGGGUGGAAAGGCCAUUCGGUGCGUGGAAAAUGUGAAGUGUGGCGUUGCACUAGCAGUAGCGUUAGCAUUAGCAGCAGCAGCACUGUCUGCCAGUUAUUUAAAUAAUUGAUUUUUAUUGUAUGUGCGUGUGUUUUGCUUUAUUCAGACGACCGGUGUGAAUAAAAGUAAACAGCAGGCGUCUAUUAAUAUUAUUUAAUACAGUGACGGCGUAUGUGUGCAAAUAAUUUUUGGAAAUAUUUCUAUUGUGUAGCUACGUCUGCGAGAGGUGAUCCAACGGCGGCAGCAGCAGCAAAAGCGGCAACGUGUGUGACGGCGUCGUGCUACAAUCAAGACACUUAAACAAAUUGGAUGCGAAAACGCUGCACGUAGAAGCACAAUAGAAGCGACAUCCUGCUGCUUGUAAAAGGGAUUUUACGAAUUCGGAAAAAGGUUAUGGUAACCAAUGAACAAGAGUGGAGCGAAACUUUCGCAAAUUGCUAGAGAAAUGCAGUGAAUGUGUAUAACAUGAAAAGAACACAGUAAGUGUGUGGCAAAAGAGAGUUCGAAAAAAGCGUGUUGCAUGCAAUUUGUUGAGAUUACAGCGACAACAAUGAGCACACAUGCAAUGCGUUAGAAUAUGUAUGAAUUUGGAUUACGGUUGAGCAUUUAGAAGCUAUUAAAACUAUUGUACAUAUAUUUUAACGGCCAAGCGUAAGCGCUGUGCUACACAAAGAGACUCGAAAAUAAAUAUUAGUAGUGGACAAAGUGGAUAUCAAAGUUUAAAGUAUAAGAGGGUCCUUUUAGUGAAAGUGAAUGGGUGUGCAUUGCGCCACCAAAAAUUUCGCGCUUUAGCUGACUCAUUUUAGUUGGAUCCAGACACAUUCCCACAAAGAAAAAGUAUACAAACGAAGCUCGCUAUUCAAGUGUAGUCUACUCCCCCCGUGAACGGUGAAACGCGCGCCUCAAAGUGCAUUUAUUCCAGCAUACCAUGUCCUCGAUAUCGGCGCAGGGCGUGGUCGAACGUGCGUCCGCUGAACUCUCGAAACGCAUUAACGGCCUCGGGCUGCGUUCGAAGCAUCAUCAUGGCAGCGGCUCCAAUUCGUCCUCGUCCUCCUCAACACAAUCCGCUACUUCGUCGGGUGGCAGUAGCGGCAAGACCUCAGUAAUGGAACGCGUCACAAAUGCACUCUGUGGCGGUGGCAAUAGCAAUAACAACAGUAAUAAUAGCAACAACAGCAGUUCGAAUAGUGCAAACAACAGCAAUCCAGCUGUUACACCGGACAAACCAACACGCGGUGGCAGCGGCACUAAUAGCGGUACACAUACACCCACAGGCGGUUUGUCGACACCCGCUAGUCCCACGCUACCACAUAGCGUGCUUAUCGGUGCUGGUAAUAAUAUGCAGUUAUUGCAGCAACAACAGACAGCACCACAAGCACAACAACAGCCGUCACAUCCGCAUCAACAUUCGCAGCCGCCAGCGCCAACACCGCCAACACCGUCGCAACAUCCAUUACAGUCACAGAUUGCCAGUUCGACGCUGGUGAAUUCCAAUUCCAACAUGUUGGGCGGUGCAUCGCCGGUACUUGGUCAUCCUCUGGGUGCACCGCCAGCGCCCACAGUCAACUCGAUUGCCAAGCAAAUGAAUAUCACCAUACCCGGUCAGCCGCAAUUCAAUACCAUGGGUUUGGUGGCAGCACAAAAAUCGGUUGCCAAUCAAUCGGUGAGCGGCGGUACACCGCUGCAGUUGCGCAAGCAACUACCCAAUCCGCAUCUACAUCAUCCGUACGCGAGUGGGGGUGUGGGCGGCGGUGUUGCGGGCGUCUUGCCGUCGGGCACGGCGGGCGGCGCUUCAAACGUUUCACAACUGGCUGCUGCCGUUACACAGUCUGCGCUGAUAUUACACAAAUACCCGCCUCCGAUUACCAGCAUUGAGGCGUUGUUGCUUGACGAUCGUUUUUUGAAUCGCUUUUUACUUUACUUUUCCUCGUACGAACGCCGCACGUUAGCGCAGGUGUGCAUGAAAUGGCGCGACAUACUUUACCGCAGCCCGCGUUAUUGGUCGGGUCUGUUGCCGACCUUACAGUGUCGCGAGUUACGUCAAAUACCAAGCUGUGAUCGUGUAAAGCUGUAUAAUUCGUUGAUACGUCGUGGUUUUCAUGCGCUCGCGUUGGUCGGCGCCUCGGAUGAGGAUGCACUCGAUGUAGUACACUCAUUCCCGUUGGCAUCAAAACAUAUACAUUCGUUGAGUUUACGCUGUUCAUCGAUCAGCGAUCGUGGACUGGAGGCGUUGUUGGAUCAUCUGCAGAGUCUUUUCGAACUCGAACUCGCUGGUUGCAAUGAAGUCACCGAGGCUGGUCUAUGGGCCUGUCUAACCCCGCGUAUUGUCUCACUCUCACUCGCGGAUUGUAUUAAUAUCGCCGACGAAGCGGUGGGUGCAGUCGCACAGCUAUUACCAUCGCUCUAUGAAUUUUCACUGCAGGCUUAUCAUGUCACCGACGCAGCUUUGGGCUAUUUCUCGCCAAAACAAAGUCAUAGUCUGAGCAUACUACGCCUGCAAUCAUGUUGGGAAUUAACUAAUCAUGGCAUCGUUAAUAUUGUGCACUCUUUGCCUCACUUAACGGUAUUGAGUCUAUCCGGUUGCAGUAAACUCACCGAUGACGGCGUCGAAUUGAUAGCCGAAAAUCUGCAGAAGUUACGUGCCCUCGAUUUGUCUUGGUGUCCGCGCAUAACGGACGCAUCGCUGGAAUAUAUUGCCUGUGAUCUGAAUCAGCUGGAAGAACUGACGUUGGACAGAUGCGUACACAUCACCGACAUCGGUGUCGGCUACAUCUCGACCAUGCUGUCAUUAACCGCACUCUUUCUACGCUGGUGUUCACAAGUGCGUGACUUCGGACUACAACACUUAUGCUCCAUGCGUAAUCUACAAGUACUUUCACUAGCCGGUUGUCCAUUGCUCACCUCCUCCGGCCUAUCCAGUCUAAUACAGUUGCGUCAUUUGCAAGAACUCGAGCUGACCAAUUGUCCGGGAGCCUCACAUGAGUUGUUCGAUUACUUGAAAGAGCAUUUGCCACGUUGCUUAAUCAUUGAAUAAUACGUUUACAUAGCUGCAGCGUUAAUUGCAUGUGCCAUGAGCACAAAUCCGCAGGCGUGGAGCAGUUUAUGGAGUUGGACACUUGCAACUUCGUCACAGCUAAUGAUACAUGUGUUGCUACAUACAUAUGAGCUAUGGCUCGCAGAGAGCGGCAAAGAGGAGUUGGUUCUGAAGCUGGAAUUCAUGUGCAUAUAAAUUUUGAGCUGGUAAAAAAUUGCUCUGAAAAUUUUGUGAAACAAAUACUAUACAAACUGUUUAAAAAUGAAUGUUGAAAAAUAUCACCAAAGGUGUACACGGAAAUGGUUAUUUUUUGUUUGAAAAAUAUGUUUGCAAUGUUUAUUUGAUUUUUAAUUAUGCUUACAUAAACGAAAAAAAUAUAUGUAUACUUAAAUUCCAAACUUCUGUGUACAAAUAAGAAAAUGCAAAUAUAUUCUUCAACCACUCAAUGCCAGAAAUAGUAACUGAGUACACAAAUGUUCUUGCGUAAUUUUCCUAAAACUUGGCUUACACUUUUCAUACAACAACAACUAAGUUGAAAUAUGGUAAACUGAGUAAUUUAAAAUAAUCUAAUCUAGUAUAUUUAUAUUAUUGCUAAACAAUGCCGAUGUUCCUCAAACUGAAACAAUUAAAAAAAUAAACAAUUUUAAGAAUAAUAUUUAAAUUUUCUGCAAACAAAAGUCAUGCAGGUUUCUAAAGAAUAAAUUUUAAUGAACUUUGAACACUGUUGCCAUAACUUAUUAUAAAAGUUUUAAGUAGUACAUAUACAACUAUUUAACGGUUAAACAAAAAUGUUUACGAAAAUUUCAUAUAUCAUUACUUUUAAUAAUUGUUAUUGUUAAUAUUUUUAUAUUUUACUUGGUAUUUGUUAUUUUGUUUCAUCAUUUUAUACUUUAUUUUUAAUUUGGUUUUAAAUAUUUAUAAUUUAAUUUUCAAAUAUUUUUUUAUUAAUUUUAAUUUUAAACAUUUAAUUUUUGUAUAUACUGUAUUUGUGGAGAUAUGUGUUUGUAAAAUUUUUGUGAGAAAAGGUUAGAUAUUUAAUUAGCAAAAAUUUUAAUAUAAUUCUUAUUUUUACGGCUAUUGUGAUUUUGUACGGCCAUUGAUACAAGAAAUAUUCGAAUGAGCUUCCUUUCGAAAAUGUUAAAACCCAUUUUUUUUAAUAUUAAACCUGUGUCUCGAAUAAAAACGCCUUAAGGUACGAAACUUUAUUAAAAACUAUUUUAAAAAUUAAUUAAAAACAUAUUAUUAUUAGAUAAAUUCGCUACUUUUUCUGUCUGUUACCUCAUUUCACUUUUUAUGAUUAUGUUAAUUGAGCCAGUUAUGAUUGAAGGCGAAGGCCUCGAAUUAUUUUAUGAACAUAAAGACAUAUUUUCUAAAUUCUCACAAGAAUAUAUACUCAGCUUAAGACUGUUAUGUAGCUUAUACUUUAUGAAAAACUUUUUAGAGUCACUUAUAGUAAGCUUUCACGAAAGAAGCUUUCAAAAAACGGAGCUUUUUUAAAAACACGCACGCUUUCACAAAAGGAGAUGUUUUUUGCAUCACAGUGACCUGUAAAAAGCUUUUACUAUAUGCAAAGCAUUUUAAAGAUUAAAAAAUCACUUAAGCUUUCACAAAACAAGCUGGUUUGUAUAGUGUGUGACUUUAAGCAAAUUUUUCUUUGAGUGAAAGCUAUUUAAAUAUGUACUAUGUAUAGUGUGUGACUUUAAGCAAAUUUUUCUUUGAGUGAAAGCUAUUUAAAUAUGACGGCUGUCAAAUAAAAUUUCUGCAGAAAAUAUGUUUUAAUGAAUACACCACUUUAACUGAAUGUCUGUAAGUUAGUUGCUUUAAGUUAAGGUUGGUUUUCUUUGUUAAAUUCAGUACUGUGAUUUAAUGUUUUAAAUUAGAACUCAAAAAUGCUCACGAAUAAUAUUUUUAUUUACAUAAACAGUUUUAUAAAACAUGUAACUAACCACUACAGAAUCUAAUGUUGAUAGAGAUAAACCCUCAAGAUCAUAUUCAUAGGGUUUAGUUUGCAGGCAAAAUGUACCACGAUGAAGUUGGACAGGUCAAAAUAAGCCGCAGUUACUCUUGGAGUUUCGUGUUCAAAAGCGGCCUAUAUUGCUCCAUAAUUUGGGGGGUAUGACUCGGGUGUGGCAUUCAACAGAAAACUGGUUCAUUUUACAGGUCACAUCAAAAAACUAAACUAAAACGUGACAUAAUAUCAGCAAGAAAUAGAAAGCCGCAAUGAUUGAUAAAAUAUUAUAGAUUUUACAUAAAAUAUUUAUUUAUUUUUUGUAAGCUUCAGUUUUCAUUACCUUAAGUUAGUUAAUUUUAAGAGCAUUAUCGAUUCACUUAAGUUCCACGAUAAGUAAUAAAUCCGCCCACUUAAUUGAUAUUCAUAAAAAGACAUAAACAUAGACAAACGAAUAUGUAUGUAAUACACACAACGUUUAAAGUAAAAAAAUACAAUAGCUACAGCUGACAACAGAUACUAUACACAUAUGUAAUUGCAAUAGCUGUACUGCUAUGUUCAUGAUGAAAGCUAUAGUUAGAAGCUUUCAGUUUCAAAAUACUAGAAAUAGCAUUUUCAACAUGGAAAGCUAUUGUUCAAUUAAAAUCAGUUACAGAGCUUUCAUCUGCAUAAGAGCUUUCGAGCAUAAACACCAAAUUAACUCUGAAAUAUUACCUGAAAGCUUGUUAACCGAGAAAGCUUUUAUCCAUAUUAAUUAAAAAUAGUUGCCGAGCUUUCACCUUUACUAGAGCUUUCGAAAGUGAAAACAAAAAUUAUUAUUUCACUUUGAAAUAUUAUGUGAAAGCUUUAUUGAGCGAGAAAUAUUUUAUUUAUUAGUAAGAAAAAGCAACUAAAAAGCUUUCACCUUCAGAAGACCUUUCGGCAAUGAAACAAUAACUUUGAAAUAUUACCUGAAAGCUUUUUGACCGGACCAAAUUAAUUAAAAACAGUUAUAGACCUUUCACCUUCAUCAAAAUUUCCGAAAACUAAAACAAAACUCAAUUUGAAAUAAUGCCUGAAAGCUUAAUCAACUGAUUUUAAUGAAAGAAAUAAGAAACAUGGCUCCAGAGCUUUGAUUUUCAUUAAAGCUUUCAAAUCAUUUUAAAAUAUAUUUCAAUUAAUAUUUAAAAUAAAAAAUUAUAUAUCCACAUUUUUCAUUUUAUUUAUAAAAAAAAUUAGUUCCGUUUUUUAAACAAUUAAUUUGAAUUUUUUAAAUUAUCACUUCUUCAAUACUUUGUCUAAUGAAACAAUAAUGUAACUGUGUAACGACUUAAAUUUUGACGCUCUAGAAAAUGCUUUGAGAAGCCGCUUGCAAUUUAGCUUUAACUCUUUAACGCUGUUCUUUUAAAACUUUACUACACUCAAAAGUAUAAAUUGUAAAAUACUCAACUACAGGCGAAUGAAAACUUCAAAACUAAAAAUAAAAACUGCAAAAUAAAUUUUAUGAGUAGAUACUAGCUAUGAAAAUAGUUCACGAAUAAUAAAAUAUUUUCUAAUGGCAUGAAGUCUGCAAGAAAAAAAAGUAAAAGUAAAAAUCGAAAUAACUUUAUGGAAUAACUUUGUCAAAAUAUAAAAAAAAAAUCGAAUUUCAUUGUAAUAAAACAUACAAAAACAUAAAAAUACUUCAUUUUAAUAAAUUUGUAAAUUAUCUUGAAAAUAACCAAAUGUUAAUGCAAAAUUGUGAACGCUCUAAAGCACGAGAGGAGUGUGAAAGCUUAAUGGAAAAAGAAUGUGAACCAAAUGUUUACAUAAAAUAGAACAAAUUGACAUAUGGCUACAAAUAAAUAAAAUUAAUUUGUAAAAAAAAGAGCAAGCAUUAAGACCGUAUUAAAUAAUAAAAGCGAUAAAAGCUACAUUUUUAUAUGCAUGAAAAAGCUUUAAAACUUUGCCGUAGAUUACCAAAAAAUAAAGCUUAGUUACUUGUAGAAGAAAACAUACCAAAGGAGUUGAAUAUACGAAACAUAACAAACUCUUAGCUAGAAAAUGGAAAAAUUACGAAACAACAGAUCAAAAUACCGAACCAAAAAAUUAUGGAAAAAUGUAUGGGAAAUGAAGAAAAACAUAAAGAUAUAGUAGAAAAUGAAAGGGGUCGAAAAGCGCAUACCAAAGAAUGUAAUAAAAUUUAAGACAACAAGAAAUAGGUAGAAAGUAAAAAACACGAAGUGGAAGAAAGCUGAAUAAGAAACAACAAAAAAGGUAAUUAUAAUAGUAAAGAGGAGAAAAUAUAUAUGUAUAAUAUAUAUGAAAGCUUGUACUUUAAAAGAAAUUGCCAUCUGAGGUUAGAAGUUAUGGAACUCGUAACGUCUGAAGAUACCGUAGGCAGCUUGAAAGAGAAAUAAUAAAAAAUUAGUUGUAUUGGAACAGAUCUAUCUAUACAAAAAAUGGAAACAAUUGAAGCUGAAAAUUUCAAACCAGUGAAUGUAAAUAAAAAAUAAGUAAACAGAUAAAUUAAUUAAUAUCAAUGUCGAAACAAAGUAAAUUACCCAAAGCAAGUGCGUUCCCAGAAAAAAAAUCUAUGUAACCGGAACCAAAUAUACAUCCGGCCAAGCAACAACAAUCCAGUAGCAACACUCAAAAUUAUUUCAGGAAUUUGUAUGCUGCUACAACAACAAAAACUAAGGAAAUAUACAGAAAUCUAGCAAAAUUAUGAGAAAUUGAACCAAAUUUGGCAAAGCAAAUAUACAAAUACACUGACAAAAUUAUUAACAAAAAAUACAUGUUAAUAAAUAAAGAACAGAUGAUAAACAAUAAAAAAUAAAUAGAGCAAAACUCUAAAAUGCAUAUAGAAAAGUAGAGAGAAAGAAGAGAAACGUAGCUAAGAAAAUAAAAAAUCAGAGAGAAACUCUAAAGAAGCUAGUUUUUGUGAUGCACCAAAGCUCAGAAGAUAAAAAAUUAAAACACUGAUAAAAAGCGGCAAAAUCGUGAUAAAGAAAACUAAAAAUUGUGGCAAGAUUUUUAAGAAUGUAUGAUGGAGCUGGUGAUAAAUGCAUAACCAGUGAAACAAAAAGUAAAAUUAAACAAAUAUUGCAACUUAUUGGGAUAAUGUGCAAAAAUAAUGCAUAACAAGUAUAAUUAGAAAAAUCAAGUACUAAUCUACUAACAAAAACAACAUAGUCACCGAAUCAUGUAUGUUGUUUAAAGAAUAAAAAAACAUUAAAUUUGGCAAUUGAGAUUAAACAAACUAACUUUUAGCAUAAACAAAACUAAAUUGUAAUAUAAAUAAUAACUUUAUAGUCUAGAAUGGGCACACAUUAUUAAAGGAUAGAAAUACAUACACAAAAUAUUACGAAAAAAAAAUUCUAUUAAAUUAAACUAAGUGUGAGGCGUUAUUACUGAUUUUCUAAACUAAAUUGUGCAAUACACAUUAAAGUGCAAACCUUUUUAAGCUAAAUAUAAUUUAAUAACUAAAACAUACUUUUAAUAAAUUUGUUUAUAAAAUAUUUAUGUAUGUGUUAUGUAUUUACUUUGGUGUGUGCAGACAGCAUAAUUGUAAAUGUAGCGUUAAAAAAUUAGUUGUGUAAAAAAAUACAAGAAAUAUUAUUAAGUGCAUCAAAAAGUAAAAAGAUUAAAAAAAUAUUCAAAAAUUUUAAAUUAUGAAAAUAUUAUGUCGUAUACAAUGUACAAGUGUUGAAAAUGGAAAAAUAUGUAAUUAAAACGCCCUUCAACAAACAAAAAUUAAAUUGCUUUGUACUUUAAAAAGAAAAAGCUAAUAAAAUUGAAUACGUACAUAUUGUAUGUAUACAAAAUUUUGAAAGAA